CCAACGUUGCCUCACACCCGACAUGGCCGACUCAGAAGUUCCAAAGCCAGAAAUGUUGAACGACGCCUCCCCGCCCGCAACGGCCGCCGCAACCGCAGCUACACCCGCGGAAUCCUCUACCAGCGACCCCAAAGCCGCCCUCGCCGCGCGCAUGGCCCGCUUCAAGGCCCUGCAAUCGCAAAAAGAAUCUGGCCGCCGCCAAACCGAAGCCGAGCUCCGCGCCGCAGAAGACCGCCCGCAGCGUCUGGCGCAACUUGCAAAGCUCCAAGCCGCCAAUGAAAAAGCGUCCUACAAGCUGCUGAAAUCGGACGACCCCGACUUUGAGCGCAAGCGCAACUGGGACUACACAGUCGAGGAGAGCGAGUCAUGGGACAAGCGGCAGGCCAAGAAGUCGCGGAACAGGGACAAUGUCAGUUUCCAGGACUACCGCGGCGAGGCGAAUAAGGUGUACAAGCGGCAGGUGAAGCAGCUGGGGGAGAAAGAUCUGGAGGAGUAUGCGCGUGAGAAGGGAGAGCGGCUGCAGCGGCAGGUGCGGAUGGGGCUGUUGCGGUUGGUGGAGGAAGGGGGUGAGGUGUUCACUGUGGACAGCGAGGGGCGAAUCAACACGCCGGUGGAGGAGCUGUAUGACCACAACCACAAGCCGAGUAAGGAAGCAGUGGAUAAGCUUGUCGAGGAUCUGGAGAAGGGCGAAAGGGCGAGGCUGAAGGCGCGCGCGGCGAGAGGAAUCAAGGACGAUGGCGGCGAUGUCACGUACAUCAACGACAAAAACAAGCAGUUCAACGAGAAGCUGUCGCGGUUUUACAAUCGGUAUACGACCGAGAUACGGGAGAGCUUCGAGCGUGGGACGGCAAUCUGAGGAAGGAAAGGAGGCAUUAUACCCUGAGUAUCGGCGUUUGGGGGUUGGGUUUAUCACUGUACUUGGUACGAGGCACUUUGAGUAGCAUACGAUCAUGAAAUGGUAUUGAGCGAGGCGACAUAAA